AUGGUGGCGCAGGCGACGUCGGAACCAAGUCUGCAGCCCCUGCCAGAAACCGCUCAGAGGGCACCCGGAAACUCGACUACCAGCAACAACCUCUGGGCGACGAAAUUGGCGCCUCCCUACCUGGUAGACGAAGCCUCGUUUACGGAUGCCUGCAAGCGACUAUCGUCGGUGGAAGACUCUGCCCUUCUCGGGAAGUCCGGUGCCGGAGGCGGGAGUCCGGCUACGGCCGCGGGUUUGGCCGCUGACAUAGCGGGGCCGGAGGAGUCGCUGAUGCGAUCGCUGGGGUGCCUUGCCAGCUUCAGGGUUGCCCCGGAACUCCUCACCUCUCACGGCCGUGGCACCGCCAAGCGCCUCAAGCGCCUCUCCAAGUCGGAGGUGUGGGGCCCUGACGUCCGCAACGCUGCCGCUCGUCUCCUCCGGGCGUGGAGAGGGGUGGUUGACGUGGGCGGCGGCGCGACCGCUUAUUCCAAGGCGGCGACAAAGAGGUCACAAGACGAGGAGCGUGGUGGUGCUGGCAGUGGUGGCGGUGGUGCUGGUAGCAGUGAAGGUGGAGCCAAGGCUAAAGUUGGGGCUGAACAAAUCGUUGAUCGCGUCCGGCCGGCGGCCUCGACAAAGCCGAGGCUAGUGGGAGAGAAAGAGCAGGAGGAGGAGGAGAAUGACGAGCAGCAGGGCAUAUCAAGCUCGGGACACAAAUCCCCAGCACCGAUGCCUGACGCUGGUUCAUCCAGUUCCGACUUUUCUCCGAAAGUCACCUGCCCUCCGGAGAAGCAACAGAAGGAGCAGCAGCAGACGCCCAAACGGCCGAGCCUGGUACCCGCAGCUCUUUGGGACCGGCUUUCGCAAGAGUUCAACGUUUCUCAGCUGAGGGCAAUAUGGGCGGCCGCGGCGAGCGCGCGCGAAGCCCACGAGGAUCUCGCGGCAGCCGCUAGAGGGAACGAUGGACCGGCGACUCCUGAAACGGCGGUGCUGGCUGAGAGGCGCGCUCCGGUCAACCACGCGGCGGCGGCGACAGCGAAUCGAAGGGAAGGCGGAGCGCGAGGAGGAGGGUCGAAGGGGGGUGUGGUGCUGUUGCAGGGGCCCCCGGGCACCGGUAAGACCCGCACCGUUCUCGGGGUCGUGAGCGCCAUCCUUGCCCGCCGCGAGGAGAAAGAUUGUGCUAGCGGUGGCGGGCGUAGCGGAGCGAGCGCUCGAGGUAUGGGCACCACGCUGGCGCCUGAGGCGCGCCAGAAGCGGCCCGGGGUGGCGGGUAGGUGGGUUGCGGCGAAGACGCACCAACGGGUACUCGUGUGCGCCCCUAGCAACGGUGCUGUGGACGAACUCGCCCAACGGCUGGCUCUGGAAUCGGGCGGAGUUUGGGACCAGCGCGGGAAUGCUACUGCGCCGAGGGUGGUUCGCCUGGGAAAGCCCUCGGAAGACGCGGCGGAUCGGGUCAAGGCCGUGUCUCUUGAGUUCAUGGUAGAAGAGAGAGUGAAGCUCCACGCCAAGAGCGCCGAGGCGAGAAAUGCCGAGACGAAGAUCAGAGAAACCCACGCUCGUAUCGACGAGGCCGGACGUGCCGUGAGGAGCGGCGACGUCGGCGAGGUUGGCGGUAUGGCUGGAAUCGGAAGCGCAGAGAACAGGGAUGCCCUCAGGAGCCUCGACGUCGAGCGCGGCAAGAUCAGGCGCUCGCUCGUGAGCAACGCCCAGGCAAGGCUUGGUUGAGCGUGGUCGAUCGCGUGGACGGCGAGGGCCGAAACGAACGUUGGAAAGGCCGCAGAGCGGGAGCCCCAGCAGCAGCGGUAGCAGCACCAGCACCAGCGUGUGAUGGCGUAGAAAGCCGUGUGAGGAAGGCAUUUCUGUGUUUGGCGAUGUUAGAGGCCACAGAGGGGCAGCAGCACGGCGGACGAUUUGUCGACCGUUUGAAGCAACGGGCUUGCCCAUCUCCCUUCGGCGACAUUCUCACGCUUAUUUCCAUUUUGCCGCUGUCUUUGGCGAGCCGUUGUAGCCACCCUGCACGCCCCUCGCCCUUGCAGGUUGUGUGCGCCACGCUCUCCGGAUGUGGGUCAGGACCCAUGGUGGAGGCGGUAAGCCUUUCAGGCAAGGGCUUCGACACCGUUAUCGUAGACGAGGCUUGCCAGGCCACGGAGCCAAGCACACUGAUACCCCUGUCUUUAGGUUGUAAACGCCUCAUCCUAGUAGGAGACCCUCGACAGCUUCCGGCGACGGUUAUCAGCCAACGGGCGGCCCGG